AUGGAGGCCGACUGGGAUGAGCUGUCGCGUAUCCCAAUGCCGCCGCCGAGUCCACAUGCUAUGCCUACUGUGGCAACGGCGAUGGCAUUUGACGAUAUGAUGGAGCUUCUAUGGACGGGCAAUGAAUAUGGUAGGGUCUCUUCCUUUUACGGGCCGGAGCUGCAACGUUAUACCUCUGUUCGAGCGCAUCCGGUUUCUGAGGGCUCGAGUGUGCACAUGAUCACCCGACGGGGCUUGACACAGUGGCAUCUUACUCACGACGAAAUGGUUGAUCUCCGCUGCAUGAGCUUUACAGCCCAGACCAAUCGAAUCCUGGUUGCAGGCUCUCAGCGCGUGAUGUUCACAGUGGAUAUUGACAAGGGCACAAUCGUGGAGAAGCUGCCCACCGAGCACGGCUACACAAUGAUGAAAAAGAGUCGAUAUCUCUGUGCUGCAACAGAUACUGGAUCAGUCAAUGCGCUCAGCCUCUUAGAUUUCAGUGUUGUCAAGUCAUGGAAAGCACAUGGGACAGGUGUUAAUGACAUGGAUGCGCGAAAUGACCUACUGGUCACCUGUGGCUUCUCAGUUCGCCAUCUCGGAUCCCCAAUUGUGGACCCUCUAGCCAACGUUUAUGACCUGAAAACGUUAACACCAUUGCCUCCGAUCCCGUUCCAUGCUGGAGCAGCAUAUGUGCGCAUGCAUCCCAAACUUCACACUACCAGCUUCGUGGCUUCACAAACAGGUCAACUCCAAGUGAUAGAUCUCAUGAAUCCGAAUUCGGUCAACUUGAGACAAGCCAAUGUGUCACUCGUGCUCGGUAUUGACCUGUCACCGUCGGGAGAAGCAUUGGUCAUCAACGAUGCCGAAUGCUCCCUUCACCUAUGGGGCUCACCGACCAAGGUUCAUUUCAAUGAACUGAGCAAGGAGACAGAAUUUGCCGACGUUCCCACGCGGCCUCCUCAGAUGGACUGGUCUCCUGAGACUCCAUUGAACAUGGUUGGGAUGCCUUAUUAUCACGAGCGCCUCUUUUCGGCAUGGCCAAGCCAUUUGCUUUUUGAGGUUGGCAGUCCACCAGCUCCUUUGGAUCAGUCCAUGUUGCCAUAUUUACGUCCGGCAGAGAUGGGACACCAUGCUCCAAACCCGAGAAAGACUCGUCGAUACCAAAUAGAAAACACUCGCGCACUGACCACGGCAGAGCCAGCUCUUAUUGCACCAAAGUUUCUCAGCGAAAAAGCUCGAGACUACAGCAAUUCGGACGGCUUGGUUGGUGAUGCUGCAGAGGCACUGGCAGGCGCUAAGAUCAACGGAGAGAGCGAUGACGACCCAUUACUCAAAUACAGCAACGUGGAGAUCAAAUACAGCCGAUUUGGUGUAGAUGACUUUGAUUUCCGCUUCUAUAACAAGACUUCAUUCUCCGGCCUUGAGACUCACAUCGCCAACUCCUUUACCAACUCUCUUCUCCAACUUUUCAAAUUCAUCCCACUUUUCCGAAAUCUUGCCCUUAAUCAUGCGGCGGGAUCGUGCAUAUUUGAGCACUGUCUUUUAUGUGAACUGGGCUAUUUGUUCGACAUGCUUGAAAAGGCAAGCGGCCAAAAUUGUCAGGCCACCAACCUUCUCAAGACAUUCAGUAGCUUCCGAGAAGCCUCAAAUCUGGGUCUCUUGGAAGAGAAUCUUACUAAUAAGUCUCUUUCGACUGCGAUCCAAGCAGUCAACCGUUUCUUCCUGACUCAAAUAGCUCAAGACUUCCGGAUGAUUCAGCCUAAUUCCGAAGAGCUCGAUCAGCGCUUAGCCACCAUUGCGUCCGAGUCUAUUCGGUGUAUGUUCUGCCAGAACGAAAUUGUGCGCCCUGGCAAUUCACUCGCCAAUGAAUUGAUUUAUCCGAAUCUCGACAUUAAACAUGCACGACGCAAUCCGCUAUUCCGAUUCUCCAAUAUCUUGCGCGCAAGCAUUGAACGAGAGACACAGAACCGAGGAUGGUGCAAUUAUUGUCGUCGCUACCAGCAAGUGACGAUUCGUAAGACUAUUCACCGCAUGCCCUUGAUUCUCGUGCUCAAUGCCGCCCUGACCAACCCUCUUUGCCGUCGGCUUUGGGCAAUCCCAGGGUGGUUGCCCGACGCCGUUGGCGUUCUCGUUGAUGCUAGUGGACAGGUGAUGUGCUUUGAGGGUGAUGAUCUUCGCCUCCGAAUCCAAAAUCAAACACCCGGGCUUGCGGUAUAUGAUCUGGUUGGAUUGGUUGCGGAGAUUGACAUCCCGGAACAUCAAAAACCCCAUCUGGUAUCUUUCGUCAACGUCUCCAUUUCAGCUCCGGAGUCCGAAGAACAAGGCAAAUGGCACCUGUUCAAUGACUUCUUGGUCACGGAAGUCGACAGAGACGAAGCACUCCGAUUUACACAGCCUUGGAAACAACCUUGCGUGCUAGCUUACCAAGUAAGAGACCCACGGCAUGUUGUCGAUGACUCUUGGAAGAACCUCCUCGAUAAAACGCUACUAUUCCGCGAGUGGUCUUUGAAUGGCGGCCGUCAGGUUGAGUCAUGUCAAACUCUCACCGAGGAGGAACAGCCACAGCCCGGGACACCUGUCGCACUGGAUACCGAGUUUGUUGAUCUCGAAAAAGCCGAGAUUGAUGUCAAAGCAGACGGAUCACAGGAAAUGGUGCGCCCCAACAAAAGCGGGCUGGCCCGCGUUUCUGUCUUGCGCGGCAUGGGUGUUCAAGAAGGGGUUCCUUUCAUUGAUGACUAUAUCACCAUCCGUGAGCCAAUUGUGGACUAUGUGACGCAGUAUUCCGGCAUCAAGCCUGGCGACCUGGAUCCGCGCACUAGUGAACACAAUCUUGUCCCACUUAAGGUUGCCUACAAGAAGCUUUGGCUGCUUCUAAACCUCGGCUGUGUAUUUGUUGGUCACGGUCUGGCGUCUGAUUUCCGCAAAAUCAACAUUCAAGUACCCAAGGCACAAACUGUUGACACACAAUAUCUCUUCUUCCACCCCGGGAAGAACCGCCGCCUCAGCCUCAGGUACCUAGCCUGGGCUGUCUUCAAGGAACAUAUCCAAGAGGAGCCUGCACCCGACGCCGUACAAGGCCAUGACUCGAUCGAGGAUGCUCGCAUGGCUUUGCGUCUCUGGAAAAAAUUCCAGGAAUACGAGGACGCAGGCAUUGUCACACAAAUGCUUGAAGAGAUCUUCCGUGAGGGCUCGAAACUAGGAUUCCGCCCACCUCCUAAAAAUGGAGGCACCAUCACUGUUCUCUCACGACCUGGCACCGCUGUCACCAUGCAGAAUGACAGCGGUCGCAACACACCUAGCACCCCGGACACACGGACCGUGGCGCCAAUUGCCCCAACAUCGGCCGCUCCCAUCGGUGGACCACCCAGUGCCCCUACCACCCCUCGCCAGGCUUUCAGGCGAUCAAUUGCCUUGACCCCGAGCAACGGGAGCUUUUCUGGACCUGGCACCGGUGAUUUCUUUGGAGGUAGUCCACUUCGAUAG